CGAGUUUGAGUGAUUCCAUGAAUUUGUCCUAUUUUGCCACAAAAGCUUUUUCGAGUUCGUUUUCUGUCGAUAAAAAUGCCGAGAGGUGGAGGGCGUGGUAGAGGUCGUGGUGGAUCAGGCCAUAAAGGUCAGAGGCGGGUCUUUACGUCCCCAGAGCAGGAGGAGUUUAAUCGGCAGCAGAAGCAGAAAGAAAAAGAUUGGAAAAGGAGGACUGGUGAGUCGGAAUCUGAGGAGGAGAGUGGUGAUGAGGGAGCUACUGCCCCCCAAGAGAAACCCCGGCCACAACCUGGGGACCUCCCAACAGAUAGCAGCAGUGAAGAGGAGACCGACAGUGAAGAAGAGGAGGCAAAGCCUAAAGGUGUCAGCCAUUUGAUUGAAAUACAAAAUCCUAAUCAUGUGAAGAAUAAAAUGAAAAAAGUGACGGAUUUAGAUGACACGGACGCAAAACCUGAGCUUAGUCGAAGGGAACGGGAGGCUUUAGAAAAGGAGAGGGCCAAACAAAAUUACGAACGAUUGAAAAUGCAAGGAAAAACAGACGAUGCCCGGGCGGAUUUGGCCCGUCUUGCUAUUAUAAAGAAGGAACGAGAGGAUGCUGCAAAAAGACGAGAAGAGGAAAAGAAAAUGAGAGAAGCGGCUGCUGCUAAAUCUAAAAAAUGACGAAAGCAAUUAUGACAUUUUACGCUGUGGUUGACUGGUCUUCAUCGGAGACGGAAUUAGCUACCGGACAUGCAUCUCAAAAAAUAACAGUGGUUACCUUUGGCGUCCUUCAUAUCGUAGAAAAGGACGUCUUUGUGUGAAAUGAAAGCAGCUACAAGCUAUAUCCGCUUGAUGUUCCUCAUCUGUAUCCUCGAGGCAAAUGACGACAGUGCCGUGUUUUCGUUCUAUAUUUAUAAAAUCAAUUUUCAGUUCAAUGCGCUGAUUUUCUGUUUGGUUGGUUCUAAACUAAAUGGGGAAAUGCAAGUUGUUUGUAGUCAUCGUUUUUAAUUGUAUAAACGUGCUCUUAUGUGCUUCAGUUAAAAUGGGCCCUAUGUGUUCAGUCAGUCUCGCAGAACAUCAAUUGCAUGGGAAUUAGAAACUUGUAAUAAAAUAUUAUGAUAUUAUGA